AUGGAGCUUUCUGAUAUAAAUGAAGACUAUUUUCAAGUGGAGGAUUGUGCCACAAAAACAACAUAUUCUGAACUAAUACGUCCACUGAAAAGAGUUCGAAUUUCAAUGGUCGUGUACCAUAACGAGGUACUGUGGAAGGAACAUGAUGGGAUAAAAUGCACAAGCGUUCAGGUCCACUCCGAUGAGCGCAAGACACUCGUUGUAUUUGGAUUCAAAAGGGGCAAGGAGCAAGCUUAUAGAGGUUUAAUAAAGAGAGGGGAUAAAGACUGGGAAGAGAUUAAUGUGGAGUCCAUUAAUGAGACCAUUUUUGACACGACAGACGAGCUAGAUGAUGAAAACAUGAGGGUGAAUAAUAAUGGAAAGGCUGGACUGUUUGAUAAAAUUAUGGCCUUUGUAAACCAUUAUCUGAGGUAUAACUCAGGGAUUCCAGAGGUCAACAAGAUGGAAAUUAAAGGACCUUUUGGGAUUAGAGAGCUCGGAAAAGAAGUCGUUAGAAGAAGUAAUGGUGCAAUUACCCAUUUACGGAACACAAGAGGAUCGCAGCAUGGAGGAACAUUUUACAAUAAAUACUUCCAGGUCGCAUGUCCCACCUUUAGGCUCCUGAGGCGGUUAUUCCGGCGCUAA